AUGGCUACGUUGAUUGCUCCUCCCAACCAUUCUCCUGUGGAAGAUGCAGAAUCUCUCCGAAAGGCUGUCAAAGGUUGGGGAGCUGAUGGAAAAGCCAUUAUAUCAAUACUAGGCCAUAGAAAUGCUGCACAAAGGACCCACAUCAGAGAAGCAUACCAGAAUCUCUUCCAAGAGGAUCUCAUCAAACGCCUUGAGUCUGAGCUCUCUGGUGACUUUGAGAGAGCAAUGUAUCGUUGGAUAUUGGAACCUGCAGAACGUGAGGCUUUGUUGGCCAAUAUAGCCCUUAAGAGUGAUGACAAAAACUACCAAGUGAUUGUGGAACUUUCCUGUGUUCUUUCACCUGAAGAGCUUUUUGUUAUGAGGCGUGCCUACCAUAACAGAUUCAAACGUUCCUUGGAGGAAGAUGUGGCCGUUAAUACCAGAUUGGUGAGCUCAUUUAGGUAUGGUGGCAGUGAAAUUAAUGCAAGAUUAGCACAAUCUGAAGCUGAUGCACUUCAUGAGGCUAUCAAAAACAAGAACAAGAGCAAAAGUAACGAAGAUAUUAUUAGGAUCCUCACCACUAGGAGCAAGACUCAACUUGUGGCAACUUUCAACCGGUACAGGGAUGAUCAUGGCAUUGCCAUUACUAAGAAAUUGUCCGAUGAAGGGUCUGAUGAGUUUUAUAAGGCAGCCAAUUUAGCUAUUAGUUGCAUCAAUGAUCAUAAGAAAUACUAUGAAAAGGUUCUGCGCAAUGCCAUGGAAAGGGUUGGAACUGAUGAGGAAGCAAUCACACGUGUGAUUGUCACAAGGGCUGAGAAGGACCUGAAGGAGAUCAAAGAUGUGUAUUACAAGAGAAACAGUGUUCAUCUUGAGCAUGUAGUGGCCAAGGAAACUUCAGGAGAGUACAAGAAGUUCCUCCUCACUCUGAUGGGCAUAGAAGACUGA